AUGUCUGAGGGGUUGAAUGACUCAUGGAGGGGGUCAUCUCUCUCUGUCCCUCCCUCCAUCUCUCCAGCCUUCCACUCUCACCUUUCUCCAUCCGCCGAUCUGGGUGUGGCCAUCUUCCUCACCAUUACAGGGGCAGUGUCGGUGGUCGGGAACGGGAUGGUCCUGCUGGUUCACGGCAGGAAGAGGAAGAAGCUUCGCGUUCACGAGCUGAUGACAAUUAACUUGGCUGUGUGCGAUUUCGGCUACAGCCUGCUGGGGGCGCCCUGUCUCGUCAUUUCCAGCCUGUCUCACGCGUGGAUAUUUGGUGAUAUGGGCUGUCUGUGGUACGGGAUCCAGGGCUUCGUUUUCGGCAUCGGCUCCCUCAUCACCACCUGUCUGAUCUCCCUCGACCGCUGUUUCAAAAUCUGCAGCGUCCGCUACGGUCAGUGGAUUGAGAAAAGCCACGCGUCCUUGUUCAUUGUAUUGGUGUGGAUCUACACUCUCUUCUGGGCGUCUCUGCCUGCGUUUGGAUUCGGAAGCUAUGGACCAGAACCUUUUGGUACCAGCUGCACCAUCAACUGGUGGAGAAUGAAGUCGUCCCUGAAUGACAGAGUGUACAUCUUCCUCAUCUUGACCUUAUGCUUUGGUAUCCCCACCUUCACCAUCAUCACCUCCUACAUCGCCAUCCUCAUCACGGUGUACCGGUCGGGUCGUACUUUGGCUUCGAUUCCUUCAUCGGCCGUCACUCACAGCAGCAAAGACCUCCGCCUGACGAAGAUAGCCGGAGUAGUGUGUUCCACUUUCCUGUUAGCGUGGACACCUUACGCCAUCGUGUCGCUCUAUUCUGCACUCACCGCCAAGGAGGAGCAGGUCGGAGAGCACGGAACGCCCGGAAUGUCGCCCGGAACGCUGGGAGUCGACGCGGGACACCAUGGCACUGGAUUCCCGGACUUUUUUGGGAUUCACUCUCUCUUCAACUGGACCUCUCCGAAAAAUUACAGUCACAGCGUCAACCCGGGAACAUCUUGGAGAAACCACACCACGGAACCCCAUUCCGGUUCGGGAUUCAGCUCAGCUCCAGGGUCAAGUCACGGAUCGGAAAACAAUGGUUUCCGGGCCGUGUCGAGCCUGCCUCCCGAAGUGACUCUGAUCCCCGCCAUGUUUGCCAAAUCGCACUGCAUGAUUAACCCUUUCAUCUACCAGAUCAUGAACAGGGAAUUCCGAGAGGACGUUUACAAUGUGGUCUGUGGGAAAGAGGGAGAGAGAAGAAGAGGCAGAGGAAGAGAGGGAAGUGAUUCGGAUGGAAAACGUAGCAGCAUCACUCUCUCUUACUGUAGCAGCUGGAGAAGGAGAAGCACCUUCAACAAGCACUCGUCCGUGGAACGAGGGAUCAGGGAGAAAGAUUCGAAGAAGGCCAGGAGCGAGAGGGGGUCGUGGCAGGACAAUGUGUCGACCGCCUGGGGGUCUCUGGACGUCGCCACGCUAGACACGCAGGCGAACCUGGAGAGAGAGGGAGGGAGGUCAACGACUGUUCUCAUCCAACGACUUCAUCCGGUCAAACGGCGCACCAUCAAACCAGUAAGACGAUUAUCUCAUUAUAUAACGUCAAAAGAAGUUAAUUGCGGACGACACCGGGACAGUAACAUCGAGUCCGAUUCUUAG